GUCGUUGCAUUCACUCAAUCCUUGAAUUUUCUGAGCGGAACGGUGCUCUUUACGUCAGCACUUACUUGGGGUCCAAUUUUAUAGUGCUCAGUGCUCACACAUGUGACUACAACCGAGGACGCUGUCUCCUGUGUUCUCUCGCUCCCGUUCCUCGAGGCCGUUCAUGGAGACAAAGCGUAUGUUUUAUUACAAGCCAACGCCCGAGCAAUCGGCUCUUGCGGAGGAACGACGUAGACAGCGCGAAGAAAAGAAAUUGCAACAACAGAAUGCACAAAAUCAUACCCAUCUCCCUCCAAUGUUUCUUUCUAGGCCAUGGAAAUCUUUGCCAAGCACACAGAGUGCACCUCGGUCUAGCAUCAAGGUCAUGUCUUGGAAUCUUCUUGCUCAAUGUCUGAUUCGCUCGAACCUUUUUCCAACAAGUUCAAAAGCCCUGAAAACUUCUCAGAGGGAGCCUAUGAUACAUGCAGAGAUUCUGUCCCAUUCUGCGGAUAUAAUGUGCAUGCAGGAAGUGGAUCGCCUAGAAAAGCUUUCUCCUGUCCUAGAACAAGCAGGGUAUUCCUCCGCUUAUGCUACAGGCCCUGGAAAGCAGCAUGGCUGCCUUAUUGCUUACAAACAGAACAAAUACAAUCGAGUGGACGAACUUAUAAUUGAGUACGACAAGCAGGAAGUGCGUGAGGAUUCUUCCCAUCCUGCUGCACGUAUUGGAUCGAGUCGCGUUACGAAAAAUAUCGGUUUCAUGGUCGCGUUGGCUGAAGCCGGCGCCGAUCACCAAGGUGUCAUCAUUGCAACCACCCAUCUAUUUUGGCAUCCUGCAUUCACGUACGAAAGGGCAAGGCAGGCCGGCAUCCUCAUUCGAGAAGUCCUUAAUUUCCGACAGUCUAUGAAACUCGACCAUUGGCCCUGCAUCAUCGCUGGCGACUUCAACUUUACUCCCGAUGACCCGGCAUACUCUUUACUCGUCGGCGAUCCGCUUACUGAGGCCCAGUCUCAGCGUUUGCAUAUAUCUCGUGUUAUUCAUAUAACCAUCGAUCCCACUGUACCAUCAACUACCAAGAAGGCGGACGAUGAAGAAGGAGAUGGUUCAGAGGCUGAUCCAGACAGGGUCAUUAAUAAGUCCCGAGUAGCCACUUCGUCAGAUGGACUGCUAUCCGACCUUGAACUGACGUCACUCUUCAUCAAUGGUGCCAAGCUUCGGAGCGCAUAUGAUGAAGGUCAAAGAGGUCAAAGAGACAACGGCACCUCAGGUGAUUUAUACACAUUUGGCGAUCGAGUCUCUUCGUCCCCGACCAGACUUGGAGCCCAUGAGCCAAUGUGGACUAGUUACACACACUACUGGAAGACGACGCUAGGUUUCUUCGUCUCUCCCUUCCCCCUUCGCUUGCUGAAUUUGAUUUUGUCAGAUUACAUUUUCUUCGUAGACACACCCAAACGCAGCAUAAAUGUUGCGGGCUACCUCAACCCACAUCGUACCACUGACAUGGAAGCAGGUCUUCCUCAGAUUGGCAUUUGCGGAAGUGAUCACGUCUCUCUUUGCGCAGAACUCUUUUUAUCAUAA